AACACCUUUUUGUUUUGGUUUUAUGAAUUAGGUUUUGUCGUAGUCUCAGGCUCAAGGUCUUGUUCAUUGGUACAUGUUUACAGUUGCACUUUGAAUUCGCAUCAAACUUCUCAACUCUGUGGUUUCGCUAAUUUCAGCAGUGCAAGGUUGACAGUGCAGCUUUCCUCUUGUUUCUUCUUUUUGAGUUCACUCGUUCUAGUAUUUUGGGUUCCCCAAGGUGGGGCGUAAAGGAUUGGGAUUUCAAUGGACAUUGAUAGACCUGACGGCCGGAGUCCUAAUCAACUUAGACCCCUGGCCUGCUCAUGUUCUGUCCUGCAUCGUGCCCAUGGCUCGUCCAGUUGGGCUCAAGGAGAAACCAAAGUGCUUGCUGCUGUUUAUGGACCCAAAGCUGGAACCAAGAAGAAUGAAAAUCCUGAAAAAGCAUCCAUUGAAGUUAUUUGGAAACCGAAGACUGGACAAAUUGGAAAAGUGGAGAAGGAGUAUGAAAUGAUAUUGAAGAAGACUUUGGAAAGCAUUUGCAUUCGAACGAUAUAUCCCAACACCACAACUUCAGUUAUUGUCCAGGUUCUCAAUGAUGAUGGUGCUGUAUCCUACUUAAAAGUUCAGUUCUAAUAUGUUUGAUAUGGUAAUUGUUUUUUUAUGAUAUGUUUGGGUGGGGGAAGAAGUGGAAAUAGGGUUGACGAAUUUGAAUCGGUUAUUUGGUAUAUUAUGGAAAUAGGAAGGAGAGAAUUAAAAGGUGAAUUGGUCCCACCAAUACUUUUUCUCUCUAUUUUUUUACCUUAGUGUGCUCUUCUCUCUCUCUCUCUCUCUCUCUCUCUCUCUCUCUCUCCUGGUUUCUUCUCGAUUUCUCUCCAACGAAAUAAAAUUAAAUUUUUCUUUAUUUCUCACUUUUUUUUUUCAAUCAUCAUUUUUAUAUUUAUUCACUUUAUUUCUACACCAAACAGACCCUUAAGGUUAUGAUAUUGUGUACUUUUACUUCAACCUCCCUUUUAAUUUCGGCAUUCUUCACUUUAUGGUUUGAUUUGAUUCAUUGUGACAUGUAUUCCCUUAGGAUUUUAGUCUGAUGGUGGAAGGACAACACAACUUGUGUUUCUAUUUCAACGCCAUUUUAAGUGGUUAAUGCUGGACCAUUAUUUUACUUGACCAUUGUUAUACUCUCUUCAAACUUGAAGGAUAAGACCAAUUCUCUUGAUGCAUGUGGUUCUGUAAUAGUUCUUU